UUCCGACACCUGGGUCCCAGUAUCCUGAGAGAGGGCAGGUCCGGACGCCAAAGCCUGGCCUUUGGGGGAGGUCUUGGGUGCGGGGGCCCCCUUCUUGUAGAGGGCAUGCUCACACCCUGAAAUUCUCUCCUGGGAAAGGAGGGUCUCGAACGCCUGGAUUCGCAUCCCUGGCGCGGGUACUGAAGGCUAAGUCUCCACCCCUACACGGGGUUUGGGUGUAUGGAUGCCCGCCUUGCCCGAGGGGCUGCUGGAGCUCGGGGUUCUCUUGGGGGACUAAGGUGCUAGCUCCUCCGUUUGGAGUAUGGAGACUCCGGACGAGAUGGGGAAGCCCCGGCUCCGAGGUUGUCAUUCUGGUGGGAGGGGGCCGGACCCCCGAAGCUGCGGUGGGCGGAGCGGACUCGGGUUCCGGGGCCGCUCCAGAGUCCCUCGCUGGGAAGCCCCUACCACAGCAAAAGGCCGAAGAGGCUGUGGCGGGGGCCGGACCGAGGGGGCGGAGACUAGGUGGGCGGGGCUCCGCAGGCACCGCCCCCGCCUGCCGGCACGGUCCGCGCGGCUCCCAAGUCUGCGAGGCCGCGGUGGGCGCGGAGAACCGAGCGCCACAGCCCGCGCGCCCCGCCGAGCCCGGCCUGCCCCGGGGUCUAUGGGGCCACCCCUCUGCGCCGCCCGGCCGGCCCCACGCCGCGCCCGGAGCCUGCCCCGCGGCCAGGAGACGCGGGUCUCGGGUCCCGCAGGCUGCUCUGAGCCCGUCUGAGGCCGCCCCCGCGGAGAUGGCGGCCCCCUACCCCAGCAGUGGCGGCGGAGGCGAGGUCAAGUGCGGGGGAGGUCGUGGCCGCAGCGUCCCGUGGGACUUUCUGCCUGGGCUGGUGGUCAAGGCCCCGCCCGGACCCUGCCUGCAGGCGCAGCGCAAGGAGAAGUCCCGGAAUGCGGCGCGCUCGCGGCGCGGAAAGGAGAACCUGGAGUUCUUCGAGCUGGCCAAGCUGCUCCCGCUGCCCGGAGCCAUCUCGAGCCAGCUGGACAAGGCGUCCAUCGUGCGCCUCAGCGUCACCUACCUCCGCCUGCGCCGCUUCGCCGCCCUCGGGGCGCCGCCCUGGGGACUGCGGGCCGCAGGGCCACCGGCCGGCCUCGCCCCAGGCCACAGGGGCCCCGUGGCGCUGGUGUCUGAGGUCUUCGAGCAGCACCUGGGAGGACACAUCUUGCAGUCCCUGGAUGGCUUCGUGUUUGCCUUGAACCAGGAAGGGAAGUUCCUCUACAUCUCCGAGACCGUCUCCAUCUAUCUGGGUCUGUCACAGGUGGAGCUGACGGGUAGCAGCGUCUUCGACUACAUCCACCCCGGGGACCACUCCGAGGUGCUGGAGCAACUGGGGCUCCGGGCCCCGACCCCCGGGCCCCCCACCCCGCCCUCCGUUCCCUCCUCUUCCUCCUCCUCGUCUUCCUCCUCGCUCGCGGAUACCCCUGAGAUCGAGGCCAGCGCCGCCGAGGUGCCUCCCUUCUCCCGGGUCCAGGAGCGCUCCUUCUUCAUCCGCAUGAAAUCGACCCUCACCAAGAGGGGGCUGCACGUCAAGGCCUCGGGGUACAAGGUCAUCCACGUAACGGGGCGCCUUCGGGCCCGCUCCCUGGGCCUUGUGGCUCUGGGCCACACGCUGCCCCCGGCCCCCCUGGCUGAGCUGCCGCUACACGGACACACGAUCGUCUUCCGUCUCAGCCUGGGUCUCACCAUCCUUGCUUGUGAGAGCAGAGUCAGCGACCACAUGGACCUGGGGCCCUCAGAGCUCGUGGGUCGCAGCUGCUACCAGUUUGUCCACGGACAGGACGCAGCCAGGAUCCGCCAGAGCCACCUGGACCUGCUGGACAAGGGGCAGGUGAUGACUGGUUACUACCGCUGGCUGCAGCGGGCUGGGGGCUUUGUGUGGCUGCAGUCCGUGGCCACCGUGGCCGUGAGCGGGAAGAGCCCCGGGGAGCGCCACGUGCUCUGGGUCAGCUACGUGCUCAGCCAAGCCGAGGGUGGCCAGACCCCUCUGGAUGCCUUCCAGCUUCCGGCCAGCGUGGCCUGUGAGGACGCAUCCAGCCCCGAGCCAGAGCCCACAGAGCCAGAGCCUCCAGUGGAAGGGAAGCAGGCUGCCCCCCUAGACAAGGACGAGGCCCCCCGGAACCGGGGCAAACGCAUCAAAGUGGAGCCUCGCCCAGGGGAGGCUAAAGACCCAGAGGACAGUGGGGACGAGGAGCCGUCUGGCCACCCGGCCCUGCCUCGGCCUGAGUUUACUUCUGUCAUCCGGGCAGGGGCCCUGAAGCAGGACCUGGUGCGGCCCUGGGGCCUGGGGCCUCCUGGGGACCCCCCACCUUCCCUCCUCCAUGCGGGCUUCCUGCCCCCCGUAGUGCGGGGCCUGUGCACACCCAGCACCAUCCGCUAUGGCCCCGCGGAGCUGGGCCUCAUGUACCCGCACCUGCAGAGGCUGGGCCCGGGCCCCACCCUCCCCGAGGCCUUCUACCCCACCCUGGGCCUGUCGUACCCGGGGCCCACGGGCACCAGGAUGCAGCGGAAGGGGGACUGAGGACUGGAGAGCUGCCUACAGAGCCGGACCCUGAGGGACGGGUGGGGCCCCGAGGGCACUGCCCUAGGGCUGAGCUCAGCCCUGUCGGCCCACCCGGAAAAUUAAACACCUUCUCCUCUGUG